ACUAGAAUGAUUUUGCGGGAAGCUUGAGUAGUGUUGUGUUAUCUAGUGCGCAUUCGCUCAAGCUACACUAAAACUCAAAAAUGAGUACCAGAAAGAGAAGAGGAGCCAAGACAGCACCCCUUCCACCAAAUUACAAGAAAGCGUGCUCUUUUGAUUCUCCCAACCUGUCUUCCAUAGAUGGAGUCAGUUUUAUACAAGGACUACAGCAACACGACGGUAACCGGAUGCACAGUACUGCCAUUGAAGAAGAUUUAAACCCAUCGAAGGAGACCCAGGCGGAGAAAGGAAGAGUGGGGAAAAACAACUUGACACAGAAAGCGAAAAAAAGUGUGAAAACCAGACCCAAGAAGUCAGACACAAGCAAUCAAGCUGCUCCUCCUUCACCUGUCAAGCCUGCCAAGAGGCGUGUCGAACAGACGUCUGCAGCCGGGCCUUUGAAUGAUGAGCAAGUAAAGACUACACAGAAGAAAAGGAGUGUGUCAGGCAGUGGGGGGUCCAGUCGUUCACAGGAGUCAGAUUUUGGCGGCAAAAGGAGACGUAAUAUCAUCCUGUCCUCUGAUGAGGACACAGACAAGGACACGAGCUGGAACCCAAGUCAAACCAAGCCAAAGAAAACAAAAAUGCACAGUCUGGAGAGAACCCGAAAGACUUCAUCAGGACAGAAAGCAUCCUCCGGUAAAGCAGACAAAGACUUGAAGGGCAAGAAGAAAAGGAAGAGAUCUCAGGGAGGAACCGAGUUAGAAGCGAUGUUAGACGCCUUCCUGGAUUUCUGUGAUGAGUACAGGGAUUCUGUGGCCUCAACAGCAGUCAAGCAGUCCAUUGAUUGUUUCUCCAACAAUGUAAAGGAACAGCUCCUUGAAAAGAUCGCUUCAUGCAAGGAGCUCAAGGCUCUGAAGCUGGAAAAUGCCAAGGUGGGCUCCAUGAUUCGUACAAAGACAAGCAGACUUUUGGAUGCCAAGCAUGAGCUUAUAAGGGCAGAGAGGCAAGUGGGGCUGCUGCAAAAAGAGAAAGCCGACCUGCAACUCAGAUUAGAAGAUCUGAAACGAAGCCAGUCCUUCCUCCGAGAUCUUAGAGAACUCAACACAAUGUACCUGGACUACCGGAGAGCACACCCUAAAGAGAAAGAGACCUACGGGGCUUCCAGUUUAGCAGCUCUGCUGCUGGAGACUAAACAUAUUCAAGGAGCAGAGCAUCAGCUGAGAAGCAUCAAUGACCAUCUGGAGAAAAAGCUAAAGGGGAAUUGAAGAUAAAACGCUGCAUCAUACAACCCUAAACCAAUAUACUUGUAUAAUAAUAAUAAUACACCCACCUUCCCCUUCUAAUACUUCUAUUCUUCCAAACUACACCAAGUAUCAGCAUACUUUAUUCCUCAGUAUACAAACAUGCAGGAAUAUGCAAAAUCAGCGUGAUUGCGCGUGUAUAAAGUGUAAUAUCAA